AUGUCGUCUUCCGCGCCCGCCUCGGCGCUCGCACCGGUGCCGCUGGUGAUGCAGCUCAUCGUGGACGGUGCAUCGUCGACGUCGUUCGGGUGGCCCAAGGGGCCGUGGAUGGCGCAGUCGGCGCAUGCAGCCAUCGCGGCGAUCCAGACGUCGCUUGACUCGGCGGCGACGCGCGAGUACGUCUCGAGCGCCAACCUCGAGUCGAUGCACAAGGUGACGCUCCAAACGCCCGCCGAGGGCAAGGCCAAGAUGACGCUGCCGCAGCUCUCGGAAAAGCUCACCGCCGCGCGUGCAGAGUGGGAGAAGACGCGCGGCCCAGCAUCCGAGGAUGCAGACGAGUUCCCACGCCACUUCCUGUGGAUCGAACAGCCGGAGAACGUGCCGACAUGUCUGGCUAUCGCGCCGAACCGCAAACCCGCGGCGCUGAAGAAGUUGCUCCGCCCAUGUACGCUGCUCAAGGAAUAG